UUAAAUCCCAGCCCACAAUAUUCAACUUACCAGCGCCUCCUAGCGAACCGGCAGAUCGCGAAAGAAAGAAAAUAAAAGAAAAACGGAGGCACGGAGCUUCAGAGCCUGCGACGAAGAAAGCGAGAAACUGUAAGCUGCGACCCUGCGACGAAGAGCGAACACCAAGCCAUCAGCCGCGCCGCGUUGCUACGUCUACGCCGAGUGUCCAUCCGUCCAGGGGGCUGCGUCGUCGGUCGUCCUUCCUCUCUGGGCUCUGCCUCCAGCUCUGUUGCAGGACCGCAGCGAGGUCCAUAUAUCAUCCUCAGAGAAUGACUUCAAAGAGGGAGGCAGAAAAUACUAAGCUAAGCGAGGAAACUUUGUCAAAAAAACCGAAGUUAGCGGAUCAGUCUUCUCACUCAUUCUCUCAAUCUCCUCAACUUGCCUUUGAUAAUGCACUUCUUCCGCUUGCAUCAUAUGAUGAUGAUGAUGAUGAGGAUGAAGAUGCUGACAAGGGAGAUCACAAUUUUGUAAGAGGAAGACGGGGGGAAAGUGAGAACAAAUCUGAUAGUGAAGAGGAUGACAAUGAAGAUGAAGGCAAGAACAGAAGUGGAGGUAGGCAAAAACGGAUGGUUGAAGUGAGAAGGGACUGUCCUUAUCUUGAUACAGUUAAUAGACAGGUUUUGGAUUUCGACUUUGAGAAAUUUUGUUCUGUCUCUCUAACAAAUUUAAAUGUGUAUGCGUGUUUGGUUUGUGGGAAGUAUUACCAAGGAAGGGGGCCAAAAUCUCAUGCAUAUACACACAGCCUCGAAGCAGGGCACCAUGUUUACAUCAAUUUGCGGACAGAGAAGAUUUAUUGUCUUCCCGAUGGAUAUGAAGUUAUAGAUUCAUCGCUUGAUGAUAUUCGAUAUGUUCUGUAUCCUAGAUUUUCACAGAAACAAGUUGAAGACUUCGAUAAGAACACACAAUGGUCCAGGGCACUUGAUGGAUCUGAUUAUCUUCCUGGAACGGUGGGCCUGAAUAACAUAAAGGAGACUGAUUUUGUCAAUGUUACAGUUCAGUCUUUAAUGCGUGUGACUCCAUUGAGGAAUUUCUUUCUUAUCCCUGAAAACUAUCAACACAUCAAAUCCCCACUGGUUCAUCGAUUUGGAGAGCUCACACGAAAGAUUUGGCAUGCCAGGAACUUUAAAGGACAGGUCAGUCCACAUGAGUUUUUGCAAGCUGUUAUGAAAUCAAGCAAAAAACGUUUUCGAAUUGGUGUGCAGUCCGAUCCUGUUGAGUUUAUGUCAUGGCUUCUUAAUACCCUGCACAAUGAUCUCAGAACUUCAAAGAAAAGCAGCAGUAUAAUCUACCAGUGCUUUCAGGGUGAGGUGGAGGUGAUGAAGGAGAUGCACAGUAGACACUUUGCAGAGAGUAAAGAUAAUGGACAUGUUCAAACUAAUGGUGGUGCUGGAAGUGAGGCAGUCAAUUUUUUCACUGAAACAAGUAAAAUGCCUUUCUUGAUGCUAGGACUUGAUUUACCUCCACCUCCUCUUUUCCAAGAUGUCCUGGAGAAAAACAUUAUUCCUCAGGUUCCAUUAUUCAAUAUACUUAAGAAGUUUGAUGGUGAGACUGUGACGGAAGUUGUAAGACCUCGUAUAGCUAGGAUGCGAUAUCGUGUGACAAAACUGCCGAAGUAUUUAAUUCUGCACAUGCGCCGAUUCACAAAAAACAACUUCUUUGUGGAAAAAAACCCAACUCUUGUAAAUUUCCCUGAGAAGAAUCUAGAGCUGAAGGACUAUAUCCCUCUUCCAUCACCACCCAAGGACAAUGAAAAACUGUGUUCCAAGUAUGACUCGUAUGACCUGAUAGCGAACGUCGUUCAUGAUGGGAAACCCGGGGAAGGAUCCUAUAGGGCUUUUGUACAGCGCAAGUCCGAAGGACUAUGGUUCGAGAUACAAGACUUGCACGUGACGGAGACACUCUCGCAUGUGGUUACACUCUCAGAGGCAUAUCUACAGAUCUAUGAGCAACAGCAACAGUAAUAUUGCCUUUAGGCUUUUCGAACUCUAAUCAAAUGUACUUUUGAAUGCUGGCAGAGGUUUAUAUACAUUCUGAAAUCUGAAGGUAGGUCCCUAUGUAAACUUAAUUACUCUUUUUGUAUCUGUGUCAUUGUAUAAUCCAUCAUUCUUUUCUUUUUGUCCGUCCAAAAUUAUUUCAUUUUCCUUUGAAAGAAAGUAUUGUGUUUAUUAUUGUUUCUUUCUAUCUCUA